CGGUGCUGUGCAGCUGCCUGCGUGCUCAGUACAGGAAUGUUAGGUCCAUCACACCCGUGAGUACUUUCUUAAAGUGCACGACCCAGUCUGUGAGACAGCUACAGGCUUUCAACUCUUCUCCACUCUUGAGUUCCAUUCAGGCGCUUUGGUUAGAUGUCAGGGAACACCACCACUCUACGAGGCCAGUGAAACCUACAGUCGCUCAUUUUGCAAGGGCUUGGAAGGACACCCUCAGUUCAGUGUCUUGAGUUCCUAGGAGACAGGCCCUGCCAAGGGGCCUUCUCCACCGGCUUUGCUCACGGGCCAAUGGACUUCUCCACAGCCCUGAAAAACUUGCAGGAAGCAUGCACUUGUCACAUUUGCUCGUCUCUCUUCAGAGACCCAGUGACCAUUAUCUGUGGGCACAACUUCUGUCAGGAGUGCCUCAGUGUUUCCUGGAAGGAUCUAAGGGAUGUCUUCCCCUGCCCUGUCUGCAAGGUUUGUUCCUUCGUGAGACACUGGAACAGGAACUCCCAGAUCUGUAACUUGACUGAUACCGUGAGGGAGCUGCAGAGACCGAGCAGAGGGAGGAGGCGGAAAGUCCAUACUGUGUGUCAGAGGCACAACAAGAUUCAGACCAUUUUCUGCGUGGAGGAUAAAGAGCUCAUAUGUCCCCGGUGCAGGUUCACUGAUAAACACAAUAUGCACUCUGUCUCCUUUGUGAAGAAUGCCGCCGUUAUUCACAGGAGGAUGCUAAGGAGCAGCAUGGAGUUUCUGGAGGACAAGGUGAAAGAAUGUAAGAAAGCACUGACCCUGCAGCACAGAAAAACUCUUGAGCUGAGGAAGAAGUUCAGAUAUAAGAAAAAAGAGAUCUGUUUUGAAUUUGAGCAAGUCAAACUGUUUCUGCAGAGUGAGCAUGAGGCGCUUCUAAAGGAGAUACACAUUGAGGAGCUGCUGGGUUUAUCAACGCUAAAUGAGUGUGUUGGGACCCUGGCAGAGCAUUUAUCUGCACUAGAAGAUCUGUUGAAGGGGGCGCAGGCCAAGCAUGUGCAGACAAAUGUUGCGUUUCUGGCAAGCCUUCUGAGAGAGUACCACAAAUGUGAAAAGCCGAAAUGCCCCCCAUUCUGGUCAUUCAGGACAAAGCAGUAUGGUCUCAGUCUCCCGCCACAGUACUCAGGCUUGGACAGAAUCAUCAAGCAAUUUCGGACAGAUAUGCAUUUUGAUCUUGAUGCAGCACACCCUCAGCUUGUUAUCUCUAAGGAUAGAAAAUCCGUACUUUAUAAAGAAGCAAGACAAAGUGUUGACGCUAGCCCUCAGAGAUUUCGCUGGCCUGCUCUCCUGGGAUGUAGAAGCUUUCACUCAGGCCGUUGCUUCUGGGAAGUAAAAGUGGGAAACAAGCCCCUGUGGACAUUGGGUAUGUGUCAAGACUGCUUUCCCAGGCAGUGGAACGAUCAGCCCUCAGUUGCUGAGGGCUUCUGGGCAAUUGGGAGAUACAGUGAGAGUGGCUAUGUCACCUGUGGGCCCAAAAGAACAACGUUUCUGCCAGUGGUGCAGCCCACCAGGAUCGGCAUCUUUUUGGAUUAUGAGUUGGGUGAGCUCUCCUUCUAUAAUAUGGAUGACAGGUCUCUCCUCUACACUUUCAAUCAUUCCUUUACGAGCGCCAUUUGGCCUUAUUUCUGUACAGGAACAGAUCCUGAACCUCUUAAAAUCUUGGUACCCUAUCCCAUCCCACGUCGGUGUCAUCUAGACCAGAGGCCUUAGUGCUUUGACUAAUUUAGCAAGGACAUUUAAGCUUGUAAUUAGACAAAACAAGACAAAAACAAAUCCAAGUUGAGCCAACUCUGAGAAACAUGGUGCGACCACAACUGUGACACACACGUGACCAUUCAAGCACCCAGGAGAUCUAUAGCACCAGGAAGACAGACCAGCCUAGGCCCUGUCGGCUUCAUAGAAGUUGUGGAAUGAGUUAGUUGUCAAGUGUUUUUAAGUUUAUUUUACAGGAUCACUUUUUAAUUUUGGGUUUGUGGGGAU